AUUGGAUGGAUCUGACGGUUAAUUAAACUCUCUCUGCUUCUAUAACAAUGAGAAGUUGUAAAGAUGACAGUGUCUCGAGGGAGCCCGGAGGAGGUACACGUCGGCUGUGACGCUUACAAAGGUCUCACAUUUCUGCCUAUGCACUGAAAUUCCUCUGUAAAGAUGCUAACUCUCCGAGCGUGUCUGGUGCUGGGAUCCGUCUUCCUCUUGUGCGAAGUAUCAUUCGCGGCCAAGAAGCCUCAGAACCAAGAUGUCGCGCAGCUGACGGAGGCACUGACGGCGGCGCUCAAGGAAGUGGCGAAUGUGCGAUUCACCUGCCCUCCGCCCUUCACACGGAUCGUCAAUGAGUGCUUUUACUUCAACCACAUCCACCCUAUGUUGACCUGGGACGACGCCCGCUACGUGUGCCAGAGUGCGGGAGGCGACCUGGCGGAACCCGAGCAUUUCGGGGCCCUGUACCUGUUCCUUUACACUCAGAGAAUCUCCAUGCACAUGACAGAAGGGAGCGACCAUCGGCUGCGAUUGGGUGCCAGGGUAGACAACACUGGAACCUGGAAGUGGGUCUCCGGGCGCCCCGUAGAAGACGUUAUAUGGCUGGACGACGAAGGCAAUACGACAGAGCUGUGCAUGUCUCUCGUCCUCAGAGGGGACGGUCCCCCUGCUCUUGCGAUGGACGAUUGUCAGGUGGCACAGUACUCCGUGUGUGAACUUCCAAUAUAGACUCUUUUUAUUAUGUAUUCACAACGUUUCUCAUAAUAUUUGACUCCUGUUGUUCAACUUGUUUUUCCCUUCUUAAUUUACACCUCUCCCUCGCGGAUCUUGUUUUUGUACUUUAAAACAUGUAUCUUCAGAGCGACAGUUUGAAUUACUUAAUAUAUUUUAGCUUUUAGAGGAAUGCAUUUCUAUAGAGCAUUAGGUAACCCCUCUUCCUAAAAAAUAAUAGAAUGUCAAAAUAACUGUAAAGUGUAUCAAAUAAGAUUAUACUCAAAAUCGAAACUGGUGUACAGAAAUGUAAUGUAUUUCUAUUCAAUAAAGUUAUCUAUAGAA